CUUCUUUCUUCUUACCCGAUUUGUCAUCUUUCUUUUCUUGUCUGAGCAACCAAGCACAACAACAAACAAAAACACAAACACACACAACAGCAGAUCAACAAAAGUGCUAUGCUGCAGCAUCAGCAUAGUGGUGCAGGUGCAAGUCACCUUCCGCUGGGUCUGGGCGAUGAUCUCGCUGCGAUGGUCGGCUACACCACCGACAACGACAUGCUGCUCGAGGCCAUUGAAGAGCAUCUCGCUGCGACAACAGCGCCGGCAGCGCCAGUCCCAGGCUCGCUGCAGCAGCUCAUGCACGGCCAGCCCACUGCAGCAGCAGCAGCAGCAGCAGCGGGGUGGACGGCGGACGGCUUCGGUCCCGCAGCGCGCGUCCAGCAGCAGCAGCAGCAGCAAGUGCAGCAGCACUACCACGACUACCACUAUCCACAGCAACAGUCUCAGCAGCCUCAGCAGUCGCAACAGCAGCAGCAGCAACAACAGCAGCAGCAGGAGGUCGUGUCAGCGCCGACAGCGACGACGGCGACCCGCGUCACUCUUCAUCAGCAGCAGCAGCAGGACGCGCUGUGGUCGACUGCGCCGCUGAGCCUGGCUGCCGUCCAGCACCAGCACCAUUAUCAGCAUCAGCAUCAGCAUCAGCAUUUGCAGCAGCAGCGGCAGCGGCGUCAACAACACGGCGGCCACCAGAGUCAGACCCUAUCACUCGACGAUGCGCUGUCAACCGUCGUCGCAGCAGCAGCGGGGUUGUCUCCACCCGCCUCAGCAUUGGCCUCCGUAUCAGCAUCAGCAUCAGCAGCAUUUUCGUCAGCAUCAGCAGCCGGUGUAAUGGCAGCCAGAGUCGCAUCGAGCGAGGCGUCCGUCGAAGCGUCAUCGGCCGACGACUCAGGCCUCCUUGCACAGCCGACCACGCUGCUCCUCGACGACGACCAGCCACUGCAGCAGCAGCAUCAGCAGCAGCAGCAGCAGCAUCAGCCGCAGCCCAAACGAGCGGUCAAGGGCACCACCGUCAGCCAUCGGCAGAUCGAAAAGCGCCGCCGUGAUCGCGUUAACGAAAUCCUCGCAAACCUGCAGGAAAUGGUCCCAGAGUGCCGCAAGUCGGAGGGACGACUUGACAAGACGUCCGUGCUCGCAAUGACCCUCCGCUAUCUGAAGCAACUCGUCGGUGGAAGUAGUAGUAGUAGUGGUGGUGGUGGCCCUUCAUCGUUGUCUUCAAUGGAUCCGGCUGCAGACGACUCAACCGACUCGUUGGACGGGAAUAUCAUCGAUCGCAGCUCGGAACCAGGCGUGUCUUCGCCCGUAUCGUUGGCGCUCGACACUGCAACGCCACGGGAAGACCAGCUACUCACGACAGUCAACGAGCUGGCUAGGAUGCAAUCGUCACCAGGCACGCGCGCGGACGAUGCAGAGUGGCAUCAGCUGUUGUUGGAUCACGUCGAAGAUUUGAUUAUCGUUCUCAACCGGGACGGCAGAAUACUGCAGAUUUCACGCUCGUGCUUUCCAAUUCUUGGCUACCGUCCGGCACAACUAGUUGGAAAGUUCUUGUUCGACUUGUGCCCUUCUCCCGAUAGCGCUCGUGUUCGUGCAGGCCUCCGGCACCGUGAGCUGGACCCGAUCAAGGCGGUCGAUUACGCGGCAACCGCCGAGCUCGGUGCAACAGUCAUCAACUCGCGACUCGUUCCGAUCAAGGGUGACCCAGUCUGGUUUGAGUUUAAGCUUCGCGAAAUGUCCCGCAACGGCCAUGCACUAGACUGUUUGGUGGCGGUGGGACGACAAUGUAGCGCGCUUCGUGUUUUGCACUUUGGCAGUCCCUUGGAAAACUCGGACGAGUUCUCUGCACGGCACGAUCUGUUUGGGCGGUUCUUGUACGUGUCACCCAACAUUACAAGGCUGCUUGGAUACCAGCCGGUUGAUUUGAUGGGCGCUUCGCCGUACCGGUUUCACCACCAGCUCGAUGUGCCCCGCACUCUGAACGCCCAUCGAGGUCUGUUUGAUCAACCUGCAACACAAGUGGCCUUCCGGUUCAUCACCAAGAAGGGCAACUCUUUCUGCUGGAUGAUUUCGCGGUGCGAGUUUGUUCGCAACCCAGUCACCCGCGACGUCGAGUACAUUCUUUCGACGUCGCGAGUACUCAGUUCCAGUGAAAUCUACCUUCUGUUGGCGGGCAAGCCGACCAAUACGAGCGACCCUAUCACUGCACUCCCAGCACCACUGACCAGCCAAGAGGACGCGGAGGUUUGCAAAAGCGUGUACAUUGACGACCAGAGGCAAGUGCCCCUGGUCUCGAAUGCCGACGAGGUUGCGCGCUUGUACUUGGACGAGCCCACGAAAAACUUGUCCGAAAAAUCACCCCUCUCGGUUGGAGUGUACAGUAGCAGCGCCCCACACGUGUUCCCGGACCUUUCGGGCUCCAACAGUGGCGGUUCUGCUCCAGAGCAGCGCUCCUCAGAGUAUCAGACCCGAGCUCAGCCGUUUACCGAUGCCGGCACGACAAACUUUGGCAAUCCGGCCGUUGGCACUGUUGUCUCGGAUUUGAUGAGCUCUGUGUUGACAUUGCAACUCGAGAAUCAGCGUCUACACGAAGAGUUGGCCAAGCAAGCUUCCAGCCGGUCGGCUGAUGCAGCAGACCAACCCUCCACGAUGGCUGUUGUUUCCGAUUUGUGACCCUCCAAAGGUCCAGCCUCAUCGGUUGGUUUUUUGCACCACAACAAGGGCAUUCCUAUGCCUUCCAAGCAACAAACCCCUUUCGAAAAAAGACACGGCCCCUUGAGCAAGCGUGGCGAUGACGACAAAUGCAGAUCAGAAUCAGAAUGGCAAGCGCAGCUUUUCCGGUUUCCUCACCGGACUUUGUGUAAUGACACGUUCGCGUCAGCCCAGACUUUGGAUUGAAGUGAGGGAGGAAUUGCAGUUGAGGAAUUGAACCAUCUGGCAGUUGAAUUGUUUGUUUCUAUUUGUUAGCAAGAUACUAAAAUUCAGUCUACCACUCAACCAAAGCCUCGUUCCUCCAUCUAUAACACGUAGACAUGAGGAUUUAUGUGAAUUAUAAAUAAACUUGAAUGAGAGGCGAGCAUCGACCGUGUCUCCUAGCCCGGCCGAAAGCCC